AUGUUUCCGGGUGUUGUGCACUCCGAGAAAAAGAAAAAGCCUACAAUCCAUGCAGGGGUGACACCCUACACAUGCUCUGAGUGUGGGAAAAGGUUCAAUGGGAGCUCAGACCUUAUCAGACAUCAGACAAUCCACACAGGAGAGUCGCCCUAUAUAUGUGCUGAGUGCGGGAAAAGCUUCAAUCAGCGCUCAAACCUUAUGAAACAUCAGCGAAUCCACACAGGUGAGACAAUCUACAGGUGCUCUGAGUGCAGGAAAAGCUUCAAACAGAGCUCACACCUUAUCAGACAUCAGAGAAUCCACACAGGAGAGAUGCCCUACAUGUGCUCUGAGUGUGGGAAAAGCUUCAAUCACAGCUCUGCCCUGAUUAUACAUUGGAGAAUCCACACGGGCGAGAAACCUUAUGCAUGCUGUGAGUGUGGGAAAAGCUUCAAAAAGAGUUCACACCUUAUUAGACAUGAAGAAAUCCAUAUGAGAGAACUGUAA